ACGGUUUUAUGAAUAAACCGACUGUUUGGCUCGCGCUCUCGGCUCAUCCCCACUUCAGUCGACGUUAGCCUGCUCAGCUAGCCGACCGCUAACGGCCAGUGUCAACAGUCGCCAGGGCAACCAUGAACAUUCUACCGAAGAAGAGCUGGCACGUGCGCAACAAGGACAACGUCGCGCGCGUGCGGAGGGACGAGGCUCAAGCGGCAGAGGAGGAGCGCGAGGCCAGCACGUACAGAGUAUCUGAGAAGGAAAUCCCGAGCUGCUCUCCAGUCAGAAGGAGGAAGGAAGGACGAUGAAGAUGAUGAUGAUGAACGGGGGAGAGGAGGAGGAGGUGCAGCUCUGGAGCAUCUUAAUCUUUUCCCGCUGGAGGAAUCUUCUGAGAAGAAAGGGAAUGAGGAGUAUCUCAAGGAGAAGAAAGAUGAAAAGGAGAAACAGGAACGAGCCAUCGGCUUACUGGUGUCUCUAGGACCUCAACCAGGGACCGAGGUCACUCCGUGGUACAUGAAAACCGGCAAAGAGAAAGAAGAGCAGAAAGAGAAAGAAGAGAGGAAAGAAAAAGAAAAGAGGAAGGGAAUAAGCGAAGAGGAGAGAGAGAAGAAAGAUCGCAGGUUGAAAGAUAGUUUAGAUCCAUUGAAAGAUAUGAAGAAAGCACUCGCUGUAAAGGAGAAAAAAUACCACAAGAGCAAGAAAUGGGAGAAGAGAGACAAAGGGGAAAAGAGGAGCAGCGGAGAGAGCUCCAUAGAGAGGUUACGUGCUGAGCGUUUACAGAGGGAGGCCGAAGAAAGGAGGAGAGCCAAGGCCCUGCUCGACCAGAAGAACGGCAAAGGGAAGGAGCCGGGGAGGGAGAUAACCGAGAGGGAGAAGCCAUACAACAGUGCAUACUUCCCAGAACUUGCCCGAAAGCGUCAAAGGCGGGAUCGAGACAGCUGGAGAGACGAAAUAUUAAAAUCAUGAACUGUCUUUAUUGGUCGUUACUGGACAAAUAUUGUGACCAGUGUGUUUGCAAAUGUAAAAAAAGCCCAGAAGAAAGAAGGUAAAGCGUAAAAUGUGCCAAAGUAGGUGUAGAUAGAGGUAUAAAACACCGAGAACUCAUAACCGUUGAAAGAGCAGCUCGUAAGCCCGCUUUUUUAUUUAUUUUUGUUCACCCAGAAAGAGAAAUUCUUGCAGGGGAGGUCAGAGGUCAGACGCAGAUGCAGUUACUUCUGCCCCUGCAGAGUUUCGCUCAUGAUCUCACGUCAGAGGGGCAGAUGGUUGCCGUCACAGGGGGCUGGAAGCUCAGGCUCUCAGCAGAGAAAAACACUCAGUGAACGAUGAAAGAGAAAGUAAGGUGGUUUAAAAAAAUCAGCAUGUGAAUAAACAGAAAUGAAACUGUGGAAAGUAGAGCUGGAAUGAUUAAUCAAUAAGUUUAUUGACAGAAAGUUAAUAAUUUCCAUUAUUUUUCCAUUUUCUGUCUCCAGCUUCAUCCUUUCGAUGCUUUUUGUAGGUCAUAUUAAGUCUGAAUGAUUUAAUUUAAUCUGGAUUUAUUGCAGUUGUUGUAUUACUCUGCAUUAGUUUUGGUUUGGUGUUCCCUGUUGAUGAAACUAAUAAACACUGUAAAUUACCCGUGA